AUGCGGCGCUUAGCUAAAUCAGGUCAGUUAAUUGGUGCUGGUUGUCAAUUAAUUACAAUGGUUUGUUUACAACUUACUUUUGUUGUUGUUGCAACAAUACUAUUUGGUAUUUAUAAUACAUAUAUUUUAUCAACAUCGAAUAGAAAUAAAAGUGCUGAACAAGUCGAUCAAGAUUUUUUAUUUCUAACUGUUACAAGUUUAUUAGGUCUUUUUAAUUUUGGAGGAAGUUUUUAUGUAUUUCUUGCUGCUUCAAGUCGUUUUCGUCAAACAGUUCGCCAACGAUUAUGUUGUUGCUAUGGAAAGACAAAUAAAAUUAAUCCUAAUACAAUAUUUACAAUAAGAGAAACAAAUUGUGCAUUAAAAAUUAUUUGA